AUGGAGUAUGGGAUGAAGUCUCUAGUGGGGGAGAUCAUGAGGAAGAUUGGCCAGAAGUCUUGUCAGGAUCUUUCCAAGGAAAGCUCAAGUGUGAAGACCUUGGCCACCUUUAUUACUCAGCUGGCUGAGCGGAUUCCUGCCAUUGUCAUGCCCAAUAUCAGCGUGCUGCUGGACUACCUGGAUGGCGAGCCUUACACGAUGAGGAACGCAGUGCUGACUGUCAUGGGAGAAAUGGUUGUCCGUGUGCUUAGCGGCGAUCACCUGGAUGAUACAGAGAAGAACACCAGAGAUAAUUUCCUGGACACUCUGCAGGAACACAUUCAUGAUGUCAACACCUUUGUGCGUUCCUGCGUGCUGCAGAUUAUCAAU